GAUUCUGACACACUUAUUACUUAAACAUUGAUUCAUAAUGUGCUGAAAGGUUUUUGUAUUAACCGAAUUCGGGUAAAAAGAGACUGGGGUGAAAGUACAAUAUUUGGUUUAAAAACUAAUACAGUCUCUUUUGAAACUAAAAAUGUUUCUUUUUCACCAUUAUUAAAGGCUCAUCUAGUUGUAAAAACUUUCGACUUCAUUAAAAUUCAUACACAAUUAACCGCAUUAGAUAUAUUUAUUUCAUCUAAUAAUCCAAUUAAUGUCACAAAAAUGUAUUUAACUAAAAGAGAAGCCAAAAUCAGGCAGUCACGAACUUUUACUACAAUGAAACACUUUUAUUUGUGUUUAAUUCCCAUUUUAUUUGGUUUACUGCUUUAUUGUUGGUCGCGUAGAAAACUUUACAAGUUCUCAACUCAAGUCCAAGGCCCUCCUACACUCCCUAUACUCGGCAAUGGUUUAAAAUUCUUAUGCAAAAAAGAAGACAUUUUAAACGUUUUUAUCGAGUCUUUAAACCCUUACCCCUCACCAACAAGGAUGUGGUUUGGUCCAAGAUUAGUACUUUUUGUCAAAGACCCAAACCAGUUGCAGAGUAUAUUACAAUCGCCUAAAAUGACCACAAAAGCUUUUUUUUACAAGUUCCUGGAGCCGUUUCUUGGACAAGGUUUAUUUACAGCAUCAGGGCCUAAAUACAAAAUUGAUAAAAAAAAUCUACAACCACUUUUUUCGCAAAAAAUGAUAACGGCGUAUUGUCAAGUGUUCCAAAAACAUGCGAAUAAGCUUGUUGCGGGGAUGAGGAUGCAUGUGGAUGGGCCCGAAUUUGAUGUUUUAUGCCAUCUAAAUUUUACUGCUUUCGAAUCAUCAAUGGAUUUGUUAUUAGAAGACAAAAAUAAACACUCGAUUGAUUACAAAGAUGUUCCACAAUACGUUCAAAGGUUUUACCACAUAUUUUUUAGUCGAAUUACAAAGUUUUGGCUCCAUUUUGAUUUCAUCUUCAAGCGAACUUCCUACUACAAGGAGCAAAGUAAAAUGAAGGAAAUGGCWAACACAAUGAUUGCAGAAAUAAUGCACACAACGGUCCCCCAAGUCAUCCAAAAACUGAUCGAAGGUGGCAAUUUUUCUAAGAAAAACACCUCAAUGUUGGAAAAAUUGGCUGAAUUAGUGGUCGAAAACCCGAGAGAUUUGAGUAUUGAGGAUUGUAUUGACCACUUAAUGACUUUUAUGGCCACAAGUCAAGAUUCGCAAAGCUCAGCCGUUGCRUUCACUUGUAUGAUGUUAGGCGCCUAUCCCCACAUCCAAGAUAAAGUCGUAAAAGAAUURAACGAAGUAAUCAAUGAUAAAGCGAGUGUCAAUUUGGAUGAUUUAUCAAAACUGGGAUAUCUGGAUAUGUGUCUCAAAGAAUCGAUGAGGUUAUUCCCAAUUGCUCCUUUUAUUUUUCGAGACACGACUGAGGAAUUUCAGUUGGGAAAUCUCUCAAUUCCGGAAAAUGUGACUCUAACCUUGUCGAUUUUUCACGCGCAUCGGGACCCCAAUUUUUGGGAAAAACCGGACGAGUUUUACCCGGAGCAUUUCGCACCGGAAGUUGUGGCAAAACGCCAUCCUUUUGCUUUUCUUCCGUUUAGUGCAGGACCUCGUAGAUGCAUAGCCCAACAUUAUUCCUACACUUACAUGAAAAUUUUACUUGCUACAAUACUUCUCAAUUACGAAAUCGAGUGCCGAUUUAAAGCCCAAGAUAUUAAAUUAAUUGCAGAUAUUUCAAUCAGACCGCAACAAGGAUACAUGAUUAAGUUAAAAAACAGGACAAACUGAAAUUUAUUUACAAAGUUAACAGUUUCUUAUAUUUAAUAUUAGGAGAUUCUUUUACGCAGUUAUUUAUGURUAGAGAACGGACUUUUGUAAUGUUGAGAUCUUCAAUAAAUUAUAUUUUUAAUUUA